AUGGGUGAUCAACCACUAGUGGCGAAUGAUACUAAGGCUCUUAAGGCUUUCUCUGAGCCUAAAAUCAAUGAUAUUCGGUCGAGCAUUGUCAGGCCAUCAAUCCAGGCCACCACUUUUGAGAGCAAACCGAGCACUAUUCAGAUGGUACAGAACUCAGUGCAGUUUGGGGGUUCUCCGACAGAGGAUCCUAAUAUGCAUAUUCGGGAUUUCAUUGAAAUCCGUGACACUUUCAAGUUCGAUGGUGUUAAUGAAGAUGCUAUCAAAUUGAGGCUGUUCCCAUUUUCUCUGAGGGGUAAAGCUAAGGGAUGGUUGCAUUCUCUUCCUGCAAGAUCAAUUACGACAUGGGAGGAUCUGGCUCAGAAAUUUCUUACUAAGUUCUUCCCUAUGGCCAAAACAACUGCAAUCAGGAAUUCUAUCACUCAAUUCUCUCAGCUAUCGGGUGAAACUUUAUGUGAAGCGUGGGAACGCUACAAGGAGAUGCUUCGAAAGUGCCCACAUCAUGGGAUGCCUGAUUGGAUGGUGAUUAAUUGCUUCUAUAAUGGCGUGGGACCUCAAUCGAGACCAAUGCUAGAUGCAGCAUCAGGUGGAGCUCUAUGGGCUAAGAACUAUAAUGAAGCUUAUGAGUUGAUCGAGAUGAUGGCUGCAAACAAAUAUCAAAAUCCUACUCAGCGUCUUCAUCAGGGCAAGGCAGCAGGAAUUCUAGAUGUUGAUGCUACUACAGCUUUGACUGCUCAACUUAAGGCUCUUACUAUGAAGGUGAAUUCCUUAACGACUUUGGGAGUUCAGCCACCACCUAUUGUUUGCGAGCUUUGUGCGGGUGCACAUUCUUCUGAUCAGUGUGCUAUAUCUAGUGAAUCCGCUCAGUUUGUGAGCAACUUCCAGAGGUCUCAACAGCCAGAUCCUGCCACUUAUAAACCCAAUAAUCGGAAUCAUCUGAAUUUCAUAUGGGGCAACAAUCAGAACUGCAUGCCACAACCACAACAACAGUUUCAGCAGCAAGGAGCUAGACCUUUCAACCCUUCUGGUUUUCAACAAUAG